UAUUUAUAUUUACAGCAGCCUAAUAUUUAUAUAAUUUUACUAAAAAUUUUAAAUUUACAAUUAAGAAAAUGCCACGAAAUCCUGAUGCCGAAAGGGAUAAUCCCUGUUUGAAGGAACAAGAACUGUCCUACAAAUGCCUGAAUAAAAACAAUUUCGAUAGAGAAGCUUGUGAAGUUUAUUUUGCAAACUAUAAAAACUGCAAGGAUUUCUGGCAUAAAGUACGCUCCGAUCGACGCGCUAAAGGAAUCGCCCCCUAUUUGCCACCAGUUGAGGAAAGAGAAGCAAUUAAAGCAGAAUAUAUGAAAACUAGGCCUAAAUGAUAUAAGAAUUAUAUGUUUCAUAGAAUAUAUUGUAAAUACCUCCAUAUUAUUUUUCUAUAAGACCUUUUAAAAAUUAAAAAAAAAUCAUCUAAAGCUUA